AUCAGCAUUAGAACAGGAAGGGUCAGGUUUAGAACAACAGGAAAGCUGGAGGGAAGUAGUGGACGUCACCACCCCUCGAGUCCCGACUGGUCUGUAAGUCGUCUCGGUUGGAAAAUGUCGCAUUUACUAAACUCCUCAAUGAAGCUUGUGCUUUUGGAAGCAUGGAUAUUCAGUGUCCUUACACAAGGGAUAUUUUCUGACACCUGCCCAAACUGUCAUGAGCUAGCAAAGUGUGAGAACAAGACCUGCAAAUGCAAAGAUGGCUUUACUGGUAAUGGAAUAACUAACUGUCAAGAUGACGAUGAGUGUGAAAGGGUGCCCUACAUAUGUGGUGACCACGCCACCUGCACCAACACAUUGGGAAGCUAUCACUGCACCUGCAAAGCAGGUUUCAGCUCUACAAAUGGGGCAAAAGAGUUUUGGCCUAAUGACGGAACUCACUGUGAAGAUAUCAAUGAAUGCAAGCAGACUGAAAUAUGUGGGCCGUUUUCCAACUGCUAUAACACCAACGGGUCCUUUCACUGCUCGUGUCAAAGAAAUUAUGUUUCAUCAACUGGAGCCAAGUUAUUUCAACCAGACUCACGGACAACUUGCUUAGAGAACCCUGUGCCUAACUGUCACGAAGACAGAGAGUGUUUAUCAAGUCGCAUCAGAACCACCCUACAAAAUAUCAGCAGUCUAAGCCCUCCCCAGCAGCUGCUGAGGGAGAUGAAGAAGCAAACAUCAGGAGAUUUAAACCCAGUUGAUGUAAUCGCCUACAUAGAGGCUCUCUCUGCCGCAGCCAUGAACUUUAGUAAAAGUGGGAGUAAAAGUUAUUUUGAUGAAGAAGUUCCUGUAAAGGAAGCCAUUACGGACUUUGUUAAGACAGUGAACAAUCUGGUGGAAUUGAAUGAGUUGGAGGCAUGGGACAGAAUAGAGGAACAGCAGCGAGACCUGACCCUGACCAAGCUCUUCCACUCAGUGGAGCAGGGGACUCUGGCCUUGUCCAAAAUCAGCAGCAAUGUUACCAGGGUGGAGGUCAAUGAAGGUGACGUAGAAUUAAAACUCUACACGCUGAAGGAUCAGGAGAGGAAAAAGAAAGUCUCUGUCUCCCUGGGAGUAAAUACCAUUGUUUUAACACCCAAAAAAGUAGACACAGCUUCCAGUGGAAGUGUCCCCGUGGUGUUUGUCAAGUACAAGCAUAUUGGGGUGGUCUUGGAGCCCAAAAUUGACCCAGGAUUGGUUGAUUACACAAGGUUUGCUGCAGCUGGUCCGGUGAUCGUGAACUCAGAGGUCAUAGCAGCUGCCAUAGGUUCUCCUCAGUUGUACUCACUUGAAGAAGUGUCUUUUACUUUGAAACAUUCAGAGCCCAUCGAUCCUGUGGCUGACAUGACGAAGUGUGCAUUCUGGGAGUAUUCUCUGGACACUAUGGAGGGCCGCUGGGCCCUGGCGGGCUGCCAGCUCUCUCACGUCAACAGCUCCCACACCAUGUGCACCUGCAAUCACCUGACCCAUUUCGCCAUCCUCAUGUCCUCAGGACGGGCUAAUCUUGUGGCCCACUACAACAUCCUGACCAGGAUCACACAGCUGGGCAUGGUGAUCUCACUCAUCUGCCUGUCCAUGUGCAUCUUCACCUUCUGGUUCUUCAGUGAGAUCCAGAGCACCAGAACCACCAUACACAAGAACCUGUGCUGCAGCCUCUUCAUGGCCGAGUUCAUCUUCUUAGUCGGGAUCAACAUGCACUCCCACAAGCUGUUUUGUUCUGUGAUUGCUGGGUUGCUGCAUUAUUUCUUCCUGGCUGCGUUUGCAUGGAUGUGUAUCGAGGGCAUUCAUCUCUACCUGAUAGUCGUUGGUGUCAUCUAUAAUAAGGGCUUUUUGCAUCGCAAUUUCUACAUAUUUGGAUAUGUGAGCCCAGCUAUUGUAGUCGCCAUAUCAGCCACACUUGGUUACAAAUACUAUGGAACUAACACAGUGUGUUGGCUGAGCACUGAAAAUAACUUCAUCUGGAGUUUCAUUGGCCCUGCUUGUUUGAUUAUACUGGUAAACUUGAUGGCAUUUGCUGUUAUCAUCUAUAAAGUAUAUCGGCAUACAGCAGUGAAGAAACCUGAAAUAAGCCAUUAUGAAAAUAUACGGUCUUGUGCCAGAGGGGCCCUGGCCCUCCUGUUUGUACUCGGGGCCACCUGGACAUUCGGAGUUCUGCACAUCCUCAACGAAACCACACUGACUGCGUACCUUUUCACAUUUGCCAACGCAUUCCAAGGGAUGUUUAUCUUCAUCUUCUUGUGUGUGUUAUCCAGAAAGAUUCAAGAGGAGUACUACAGGCUGUUCAAAAAUGUCCCGUGUUGUUUUGAAUGCUUCAGAUGAAUAUUGGACAAUUAAGAGGAGUCUUUUAUUUUCUACUAUUGGCCUGAAGAUUAUAUUUUAUGUACAUCUUCUUGUGUGUGUGUGUGUGUGUGUGUGUGUGUGUGUGUGUGUGUGUGUGUG